AUGGCGGCGAAGGAGUACGAUAAAACCCCUCGCCUGACACUUGAGUCCGUCAUUGGCUUCGGGGGCCGCAUUCCAAACAGCAUCAUUGCCCACCCGGACUCCGAGCACCUCGUGUAUGCGUUAGGCGCAUGCAUUGUAAUUCAAAAGAUAGACGACCGCUCCGCCUCCAGUUUUCUUUACGGCCACAACGACAAGAUCAGCUGCAUCACCGUGAGCUCGAGUGGACGUCUUAUUGCCUCUGGGCAGGUGACACAUGCAGGGUUUCAGGCGGAUGUGUGUAUUUUUGACUUUGAUGAACGCCGCAUGGUGCACCGCAUGCUCCUCCACAAGGUAAAGGUUCAGGCGCUUGCUUUUUCAAAGGAUGAGAAAUAUCUUGUGUCUAUUGGCGGCGUCGACGACAAGGCGGUGGUGGUGUGGGAUGUUUCCACCGGGCGCCCUCUCUGUGGUGCCCCGGCCCAUCACACAGAAUCCAAGACGGUGAUUUUCUUCAACAACAAUUCUGAAAAACUCAUUACUGCUGGUGUGGGGUCGCUGCGAGUCUGGACCAUUGAUGCCGUAGAUCGCAAGAUGAGCCCAGAUGACAUCAAUAUGGGCAAUAUCCGUCGAUGCAUUACAACCAUUGCCGUGGAAGAGACGGACCGCUACGCCUACUGUGGCACCACCAGCGGUGACGUGUUGUGUGUGCUACUGGAGCGGAAUUCCAAUACCUACAAAAUGAGUGGGCCAGCGAAGAAGUUAUCAGGCGGCAUUACCUCCAUGAUUGUCGUGCGGUCUGGUGAUGUUUUGGUGGGAAGUGGCUCUGGUGAGGUGACGUUGCUCUCCAAGAUUAAUCUGGCAGUACUAAAGUCGGUAAACGUGGAAGGAAGCGUCACUGGCCUUGCAAUCGUUCCGCAGGGCUACAUUGUGGGGACCAUGGAGAGCAACGUGUACCUUGUGGAGGGCGGAAACUUUAAUGCGGAGUUGCGUUUGACGUGUCACAGCGAUACUGUGAAUGAUGUUGUCUUCCCAGAGGGUUUCAGUGCCCUUUUCGCAACGUGUUGUGGGCCUGACAUUAGAGUAUGGAAUGCAACCACCUCCAACGAGCUACUGCGGAUUCAAAUUGCUGGUCUCCUAUGCAACUGUGUUCAGUUUACAAAGGAUGGCUCUAUGAUUGUCUCUGGCUGGGAUGAUGGAAAACUGCGCGCCUUCGGUCCACAGUCCGGCAAGCUGGUGUUUGCUGUCAACGAUGCGCACAAGCGGGAUGCCAUCAAAAACGCGAGUGGAGGUGCCGGUGGGGUGACUGCGGUGUGCGUUGACAGCACCUCGCAACGCCUCGUCUCGGGUGGGGCAGACGGCCUUGUCCGGUUCUGGCAGGUGCAGGGUAAGACGUGUGCGCUGGAGGCUUCCAUGAAGGAGCACAAGGCCACUGUAAACGCGGUGUGUAUUUCCAAAAACAACAUGGAGUGUGUCAGUGCCAGUGACGAUGGCAGCUGCAUUGUCUGGGACCUGGUCCGGCAGGUUCGUCGGGAUGUCAUCUACUCCCAAACGCGUUUUCGAGCUGUGGAAUACUUCGUAGAUGAAAGCCAGCUGCUUACGACGGGAACCAACAAAACCAUCACGUGGUGGGACAUUGUUGAUUGCGGGGCCAUUCGCGAGAUCCCCGGGAGCAAGACGGGUGAGUUGAAUAGUCUCUCCAUCUCCACCAAUGGACGCUUCUUCGUCACAGGGGGCAAUGACCGCAUCGUGAAGGUGUGGAGCUACGACCAGGGCGUCUGCGUCGCCGUGGGUCUGGCGCACAGCUGCAACAUUCAGAAGGUGCGGAUCUCGCCGGACGACAAGAAGAUCGUCUCCGUCGGGGAUGAAGGGGCAAUCAUGAUUUGGUCCGUCGACGACCUCGACAUUCCUUCCCUGCAGAAACUCGCUGAAGAGUGA